AUGCGUCUUUCUCUCACUGUCGUGGGAGGUCUUCUCCUCACGGGUGGCCUUGCCUGUCCGGCAAAGCGCCCUACUUCGACCACCAGCGUCACCACUCCUUCUGCCUCGCCCACUGAGGAUGUUGUUUCUUCUACGUCUAUCUCCGAGGAGCCUUCGCAGACCACCAGUGUGGAUGUAACCACUGCUCCCACCACGGAGGCGCAGCCCACCUCUACGAGCAGCACGGCCAAGGUCGAGGAGCCCAGCUCUACGUCGGCCUCGGCCAGCAGCACUUCUGCCUCCAGCAGCGCCGCGCCCUCGCCGACAACAAUCGUUCGGACUUAUCCUGCCGACGUUGUCGACAAGCUGCGUGACAGCAGCAUUGACAAGCUCAAGGACUACCUCAGCAAGAACCCUGCCGGUAGCUGCACACUCGAGAACGCCUCCAUCCGCCGGGAAUGGAGCGAUAUCUCUCCCAAGGAAAGGGAGGAGUAUAUCGCUGCCGUCAAGUGCCUGCAGUCCAAGUCGCCCCGGACCGCGUCGUCCAAGGGCCCCGGCGUGCGCAGCCGCUUCGACGACUUUGUCGCCACGCACAUUGAGCAGACGGACUACAUCCACAACACGGCCAACUUCCUCUCGUGGCACCGCUACUACGUGCACGCCUACGAGAAGGCCCUGCGCGACGAGUGCGGCUACGCGGGCUUCCAGCCCUACUGGAACUGGGACCGCUACGCCAAGGACCCGGCCAACUCGCCCCUCUUCAACGGCAACGCCUCGAGCCUGGGCGGCAACUCGGUCAACGGCGGCUGCGUCCAGUCCGGGCCCUUCAAGGACAUGAGCGUCAACCUGGGGCCCGGCACCUCGCUCGGCUACAACCCGCGCUGCCUCAAGCGCGCCAUCAGCAAGCAGUGGGCGGCGCAGACGACGGCCGACCACACCAUCUCGCUCAUCACGCAGAGCCGCGACAUCGUCUCCUUCCAGGACACGAUGCAGAGCUACGGCGGCGUGCACACGGGCGGGCACUUCACCAUCGGCGGCGACCCGGGCGGCGACAUCCACACCUCGCCCGGCGACCCGGCGUUCUACCUGCACCACGCCAUGAUCGACCGCGUCUGGUGGAUCUGGCAGAUGCAGGACCUGUCCGCCCGGCUCAAGGCCGUCGGCGGCACCGUCGUCGGCUCCCGCGGCCGCUCCGGCUCCGCCAGCGACCCCAUCAACCUGGGCGUCAACGGCGACGCCAUCACCAUCGGCGACAUGCUCACCACCAUGGGCGGUCUGAACGGCGAGCUGUGCUACAUCUAUGUCUAG